AGACAGUACAUUCCCAGCAAGCCUACCAAGUACGGCCUCAAACUAUGGGUCGCUUGCGACGCAAGGACAAGCUACGCUUGGAGGGUCCAACCGUACAUACCGUACAUAGGCAAGCUGGCUUCGGGUGCUCGAGAGACAAUUGCGUCCCGAGUGGUUUCGGAUCUCACCCGGGGACUGGAGCACCGUAACGUCACGUGCGACAAUUUCUUCACUUCGUACGCGCUCGCCACCGAGCUCCUGAAACGGAACAUCACCCUGCUCGGUACGAUCAAAAGCAACAAACCCGAACUGCCUCCGGAGCUCGCGUCGGCCCGCGGACGAGAAGCACUCUCCUCCAGGUUCGCCUUUACGGACUGCGCCGCGGCCGUUUCCUACGUGCCCAAAAAGAACAAAAACGUCCUGCUCCUUAGCACGAAGCAUUCGAGGGUCGAAAUAUGCCACGAACGCAGGGACAAAACACCGGAGAUGAUCUUGGAUAACAAUAGAACCAAGGGCGGCGUGGACAACCUGGACAAACUGCUGGCCACGUACAGCUGCAGGAGAAUGACCAAGCGCUGGCCCUUGGCUAUGUUCCACAACAUGAUAGACAUGUCGGCGUACAACGCGUACGUGAUAUGGAGGGAAAUGCACCCGGACUGGAUGCCGUGGAACCGCAACCGAAGGAGAAUCUUCCUCGAGCAGCUGGGCAAAGAUCUCGUCAGACCGCUCGUACUUCGCAGGAAGCGAGUUCCUCGCGCAAGGCCGGCCUACGAUCUAAUGGUCAGCAUGCAAGAAGCCGGCGGGACGAGCGCGCCCAGCGAGGGCAAAAGAAAACGAUGUCAGAUAUGCCCGCGCUCCAAGGACACAAAGACGCUGAUCUCCUGCAAGAGCUGCGGAAAGAGCAUCUGCAGAGGCUGCACUGUCCCCUUUUGCCCCCUUUGCUCCGAGCGCCAGGGAAGGGAAGGCGACACAGACGCGUCCCAGUGAAAGGGAUCGAGCUGUCUGGUAGCGCGACCUGAUGCCUCGUUUCCCACCCGAGUAACUGAAAAUCUGUU